AUGGCAUCUCAUCACUCUCUUUUCUCUUCUGCUGCGAUCGUAACUACCUUCUUCAUUUGUCUUCUUUACAACUUAUCUAUCACUGUAGAGGCUGUUAAUGGCAGCUUCAGCGUGGAUCUCAUCCACCGCGAUUCCCCAUUCUCUCCCUUCUACGACCCUUCAGAGACUCCUUCGCAGCGCGUAGCAAACGCUUUGCAGCGUUCCAUUACCCGCGUCAAUCAUUUCAAGCCAACUUCUUCAUCAUCACUCUCUCCCAAUGAAUUACCUCGACCAGAAAUAGUUGCAGUCGGAGGCGAAUACCUCAUGAAGUACUCCGUCGGCACUCCGCCGGUCCCCGUCCUUGGCGUCGCCGACACCGGCAGUGAUCUCAUUUGGUUGCAGUGCGAGCCUUGCACCGACUGUUACAACCAAACAGACCCGCUUUUUGACCCUGCCGAGUCGAAAACAUACAGAAACGUUUCUUGCAGUGCAAGCGAAUGCCAGUCCUUGGAAGGAACCUCAUGCAGCUCAUUAUUAUCAUCAUCAUCUUCUUGCGAAUAUUCAGUGUCUUAUGGCGAUAGUUCAUACUCACAUGGAGAUCUUGCUUUUGACUCUCUCACGCUGGAAUCGAAUGCAAGCGUCCCCGUGUCUCUUAGUAAUAUCGUCGUAGGCUGUGGACACAACAAUGCCGGAACCUUCACUAAGAAAGGCUCCGGCGUCGUUGGCUUAGGACGGGGUGCAGCUUCCCUCGUUACCCAAUUGGGUUCUUCCAUUGGAGGCAAGUUUUCUUACUGCUUGGUGCCGACAACUUCCCAAGCCAAAAACUCAAGCAAAUUGAGUUUUGGUAGUGAUGCGGUGGUUUCUGGGUCUGGAGCCGUUUCUACUGGCUUGGCCCCAAAAAGGCCGGAUAUGCAUUUCUACUUUCUAACACUGGAGGCAAUAAGCGUCGGCAAUAAAACAUUGGAGUUUGACGAUUCUUCCCCCUUCGGAGACUCAGAGGAAAACAUUAUAAUUGAUUCGGGCACCACAUUAACGCUAUUUCCAGAAGAUUUCUACUCCAGGUUUGAAGCGGCGAUGGCAGAAGAGAUUGAUCUGGAGCGCGUUGACGAUCCCGAUGAAAGGCUAAGUCUUUGCUACAAGUCGGCAUCGGAUGAUAUAGGGGUUCCGAAUAUCACAGCGCAUUUCAGGGGCGCAGACAUGAAGCUGAAUCCGAUGAACGCCUUCCUGAGAGUAAGUGAGGAACUUGUGUGCUUUGCUUUCGUUGCUAGUGAAAGAAUCUACAUCUUUGGUAACGUGGCACAGUUUAACUACUUGGUGGGUUAUGACACCGAGGCCAAUACUGUGUCGUUUAAGCCAACCGAUUGCACAAACCUCUUGCUUAAAAAGGUCCGAUCUGUCCUGUGA